AUGGCCUCGCUGCCGCGGCUGCUACGCUUCUGCGAUUACCUGGACAAGCGCCUGCACACGUCGAGUCUGUCACUACUGCGUCGCAUAUUAACCGACUAUUACGCUGGGAAUGAGCAUACGCUCGUCGACUUUAUACGUCUUGGCGCGGCUGUCGUGUCGGUGAUGCCAAUCGAGAGGUCAAGUCCUCGAUUCCAAGACGCAGCUGCUCAGUUAUUACGUGAGCAGAAGCAGCCAACCGCUCCGAGCGACAAGACUUUGUUUAUUCCAAUUGCUGGAACGUUCAGUAAUCAAAAGCCGGUGCAGGACCCGCCUCAAGCGUGUGUCUUCCGCUUCCUAUUGGCUCGAGUCGCUACGAAAAACAUCUCGUGGUUGCGUGAUCUCUUCCAAGAGUUUUGUGCUGGUGACGACGCUCUGCUGCGAGAAUUCGUGCAACGCGGCACCGGACCGAUUUGUGUGAUUCCCGUGGACAUACAGGCGCUGCGUGCAGCUGCUUCCUUGCCGUUGAAAGCUGAAGUGUCGACAACGAUGGACAUGGAACAGGCGACAUCUAUUGGGGACACAAGUAAUGCAGCAGUGAUGGUUCCUUCUCCGAAAAAGAGAGGGAGGAAGAGAAAGAUGGACCAACGGCAGAUAAGUGGGGCGACGAAUACGACGGGUUUGGCAAUUGAGAGCAACGAAAGUCGACAAAAUGAAGCUGAGAUUGUGGCUACUACUGAACGGAUGCCGUCGGUCGUAGCGUCUCCUGGAGUCGACGAUAUUCGACAGCGCGCUAUGGCUAUGAUGGAACAGAUCGAGGCAAAAGAGCCGUGGAAGAAGGUGUUCAAGCCUGACAAGCUAUCAAUGCCAUUUUCGCGGGUCCGAUUUCCAAAGUUGGUGAAAGCAUUGCACGAGUUCUGGAAGUGGCAUGCUCGAGCUGUUUGGGAACGCAAGUUUUGGUCACCUCUUUCUUGUUUCCGCACCCCUGCACUUCACACGGAGCGACGAGGUCGCCAACGAAGGGCGCAGAGUUUUUUCGAAACUCGGGUGUUGACACUGGUUUUCGAGGAGCUCGGGGCGUCCUUCUUUGUUAACAUGGAUCGACGAGCAACACUUUGCAGUGGGUGGUUCUACCUUGACCAAGUUGUCGACUUGUUCACGUUGGCACAACGCCACGGAUUGGUCACGUGCCUCAAGUAUCUCGAGUCGGAAGCUUUCAAGCGAUUUCCCGUGGUCCCAGGGGACACUCGCCACUUUUUCACUCGAACGAACGGCAAAAGCCAGAGCAUGUGGUCGUCCACCCCGUCUCUUCAACCGGCGCUGGAGGAGAUUGUUGCUGCGAAAGCCAAAGCUAAUAGCAGGAACUCAGAUGACGGUUCAUCAGCUGCGCGAUGA